UCUCAGUUACGAGUUGCCUUUCAUUCAGUAAACUUUAAUUUCAAUCAAUGUGCCUUUAAUUUUCACCAAUUUAAUAGUGAACAUUGUGUUGAUUUAACAACAAUUAACUAAUUGUAUCAUCAGAUGUUAAGUGAGUGUCAACAAUUAACUGUUAAGUUAAAAAAAAUCGGAUAAAAUGUGUUAACACCAAUGGACAAUAUUAAUCAACAGAAUUGAAAAACCAAUUGUGUAUCAUUAACAAAGUUAAUUGUUCGGAUUAAUUGUGACAAUCAAGGAUAUAAUUACCAUCAUCAUCAUUUGGAUUAAUUUCAUCAUCAUGUUGAUUAUAUAAAAUAAUCUCUCGAGUUGAUUAACUUUUAUUAACUUUUUCAAUUGUGGAAAAAAUUGUUUUUCAUUUUCUGUAACUUUUCAAUGUCACACAAUUAAUUGUGUGUUUACAACUCAACAUAUCAACGGAUUAAUAACUUACCUGUUGUAAUAUCAUCAUAAUUUAAAUUACCUGGAGAUAUUUAUACUCAAGAAAACAAGAAGAAGUGAUUAAUUAAUUAUCUUGAUCAUCAUGGAAGAUGAUGGAUCAACUGAUUGUUAUGUUGAUAAACUUCAUGAAGUUUUCCUUUCCUGUGACAGUUCUGGAUGUGAAUUAUUGGGAAAAGAUGAGCUGAUUGAACUUUGUGAUAAACUACAAUUAGAUGAAGAUCAAACUUAUUACAUUAUUGAUCAUCUAUUGAUUGAUCAGUUUACGAAGAUUGAUUUCAAUGAAUUCAAGGAAGUCUUUGUCUCGUUAUUAACCCGAUCUCAGGUUGGUUAUGAUGAGAUUCCGAAUCUAUCUAAUCCAUGUUCACCAAUUAAACAUAAACAAUCAUCAUCAUCAACAACAACAAACAAUUUAUCCUCAUCCCCACCUUCACCUAUACCUUCAUCCCAACCGUCUGCCAACAACAUGAAUUCAAAUCUAAUGGCAUCAUCAUCAACUCUAUCAGUCUCAUCUCAAGCAUCUUCAUCAACCGCAUCACUUUUAACGGUAUCAUCAACAUCAUCCUCAUCUCCAUCACCAUCUCCAUCACCUUCAACCUCAUCAUCAUCAUCAACAACACUAACCAAUAAUAAUAAUAAUAAUAAUAAUGAUAGGACUAAAUCAAUGUUAGAUCAUCGACAUCAUCAAGAUAAUCAAUUUACCAACAAUCAACUUAAUAGUGAUUAUGAUUAUGAUUAUGAUUACGAUUAUCAUACUUUAUUUACCAAUAAUAAUAACAACAAUAACAACUCAAUGAUCCAAUCAACUUGUACAAAUCACUCCAAUGAUAAUAACAAUUUAUCAUCAUCAUCAUCUUCAUCAUCAUCAUCAACAACAACAACAACAUCACCACAACCCCCACCAAUACCAACAUCAUCAUCAAAUGGACAACAACAACAACAACAACAAUCAACUAAUUCAAUCCCAACGGAACCAAUGUCACCCUCAGGGCCAACAAUUAAUCCAAACUCAGCUGAACAAUUGUUAAGGUCAAUUUGGGAUAAAUUAAGAAUAGGUCAAGAUGGUUAUCUGAAUAUCGAUGAACUUUAUGCCGUUUGUGAGCACGUUGGCAUGGAAAUGUCCGAUGAUGUUAUCGAACAAUUAUUCGAGAAAUUAGAUUGUGAUCGAGAUGGAAAAGUUUCUUUCGAUGAACUACUUCAAGGUCUAUUUGAGCACAAUAGGAGUUACGUUGUUAAUAAUAAUAAUUGUGGUAACAACAAUCAAGUUAAUCAUGGUUUGUUUAAGAUAACCACCAAUACCCAAUCAUCACAAUCAACUGAUCAUUUUGACCAGAAAAUUGAUUUAACCGGAUGCAUUCAACCAGAUUCAACAAUGACAACUUAUGACAAUCAUUCAUUACAAUCAACUGAUUAUCUUAAUCACAAUAAUCAUCACCUUCAUAAUAACAAUCAUCAUCAUAAUCAAUAUUUUAAUCACAACAAUCAUUAUAAUCACAAUCAACGGAAGGUUUCAUUAACUACUGAUCAUAGUUACAUUAAAUGUCAAUCAAAUGAAUCAAAUCAACGACAAUCAAGUGAAGAUGAUAGUUUCGGUACCAGUGGUAAUUACUUUCAAUCAUUGGAUCCACUUAAUCUUGGAUAUGCUGAUUGUGAUUCAAUCUUUUCAUUGUGGGAAUCAUUUGGUUUCACUAACGGUAAAUUGCUUCUCAAGGAUCUUGGAUUCGAUAAUAAAACCGGGCGGAUUAAUGUUCGAGAUUUAUCAAUCGCUCUUGAGGAAGAGCUUUUUGCCUCAUUCACCAAUGCAACUGAUCUGUUUCAAAUCUCAUUAACUAUGUUCCAACAUGAGCUUAAUUAUACCAAGAUCUUGUAUGAACAAACUAAAGCCGAACGAGAUCAGCUAAGGGUCAAUCUAAGUGAGGCCAAUGCACGAGCCGAUUUACUUGCCCAAGAGGUUGACGAUCAUCAUGCGAAACUGGAAAAAACAUCGAAAGAAAAAUUAAUACUAUUGGAACGUCGUUAUCAAGAGCAAAUUCGGUGUCUUCAAGAUGAAUUUCAAAAAGACAGAGAUUCAUUGGGAUCUCAAACUUGUCAGUUACGCAAAGAAUUGUCAACAAUACAAAUCGUUUCUUCAAACAAUCAAUCCAAAUUGGAAGAUAUUAUUUCAUCUCUUAAAUUGGAUAAUUUAAGACUGGAGAAAGAAGUUCAAGAUUUAAGUGAUCGGUUGGCCGAUGCAAUUAAGGUUAACAUUGACUUACAAAAAGAGGUUGAAGAAACAUAUUCAAUCAAGAAAAAGUUAUCCGAGAUUGAAUUGUUCCAAGUUUUUGAUAAAGAAGCGGAAUAUCAAGGAUUAAUUGCUGAUAAUGAGAUGCUUCGUCUUCAGAAUAAGGAAUUGAGAGAUGAGAAUGAUGGACUUAUACUGGAAAUGGAAAGGAUGAAUCAAAAAUUGGAAAGAAGACAGAAAAAAGGAUCCAAACAUGAUGCAGCUUCAUCAAUGAAAAGGAUGAGAAGUUAUCACAAGAAUUGGGCCAAUGAGAUAUGAGAUUAGAAAUGUGAACCGAUUCAACAAUAUUUUGGAAACAGAAGAAACAAAGUUCAUUGAUGGAACCUGAAACCCUCCAAAAUUCACUAUAUAUAUCAAGAGAUGUAUAUAUUUUUUCAAAGAAACACCAACAACAGGAGCAGAAAAAAAGACUGGAAAAUGGAAAACUUGUCAUCCGUUCAACUGUCAACAAUUGUGUCUCUUUUUUUUGUAUCAUUUAUCCACAAUUAUUGUAUUGUUGACAAAUGAAUUUGGGUUCAUUUUCACCUUGAAAAUUAUUAUUUAUCUCUCACUCAGGUAUCCAAAUCAUUCAGAAAAGCUCAUGGUCAUUUCUGUUUAACCUUUUCUACUAUUGUUUAUUUUUUAUUUCUCAUUUGUUUGUUUCUGUUGAAUUUUUUUCUCCCUCCAUUUCUCCCUCUCGUCCUCUCUCUCUCUCUCUCUCUCAAUGUUCACUAAAAUUAGUGGCCUUACCAAUGGAAAAAUUUUGGGAGCAAGAAAACACAUCAAUACCUCUAUCUUUAUCUCCCUCUUUCUCUCACACAUAUAUACCUGUUGUAAUAUCAUCUCCUUCAUCCUCAUCCUCAUCCUCAUCUUUUGUCAUCUUCAAAAUCAUCAUUUAUCUUUUUUUUUGCUCUCUUGUAUUAUAACUAUUAUCAUGGGGUGAUGGUCAUCGUCUUGUCAUGUUUGUUAUUUGGUGUUUACAAAAUUGACAAGGAAAACUUGACCUGCUAAAUCAAAUCUAAUUGCAAUUGAAUCAAAAACGUAAACUUCAUCAUCAAUCAAUGGUGUUUGAUUAAAUUAAAUGUAGAGAUUCAUAUUAUUUACAUUCCUAAAUUGAGAUAAAUCAAAACAGUCCACAAUUGUUAUUACUGAUUAAUUACUGAAUUUAAUUAAAACUCUUUUUCUUAAUCAAUCUGAACAAUAAACGAUGAUUAAGUUAAUCAAA